GUUUAGAGUGCCGAUUCAAGAGGUGCCCUGGUCGGAUGUGGUCAUUUUUUUUGACUUAUACGAUUCAAUUUUUUCUUCUCUGGGUUUGGAAAUCUACGCGAAAUCGGGAAAAAAAUCCUGUAAAAGAUUUUAAUGCUGGAAAAUGUUUAUAAUGGUCUCCUUCAAUAUUUCCAACAACGUCACCAACCCUGCCCCUGAAGCUAACCCCUCUAGGGGGCAGAAUGGUUCCACAACUCCAGUAUUCCGAAGAUGGAGCGAAAAAUAUGUCAUCUAUGCGAAAAAAUGUUCACACAGAAAAUCAACAGCAUCAAAUUCCCUAUAAAAUAAUAUCAAACAUGGCCCCAUUACGUUAACCUCAAGCCCUAUUACAGCAACAGAAAUAUAAUUGCACAUUCCUAAAAAAUUCAAAAUUUAGAUUAUGCUAAACUUAUCGACUAAAUCGAGAUGACUGUCAUGAACGAUGAAUACAGCAAGAAUGGCGUCCUACAAAAAAGAAUCAUCAACGCCGAAGAACUAGACAAGAAUUCCAACUCAUGCUGCGAAAAUUACCGAGAAACUAGCGGCUCGAAUUGCGACAAUGAUGGAAAGCACGAAAAAUCAGAUUCCUCGAAUACUAAACAUUCCAUAAAAUUGUUAUCAGUUUGCGAUGUUCCGCAUUAUUUAGCUUUUAAUCAAAAUAUUCGCAAAGGAUACAGAAGCACUUUAUCUUUACAACAAUGCAUUGCAAGCAUAUUUUGGUUGACAAACGAAACCAUAAACAUAUGGAGUCAUUUAUUCGGAUGUUUUUUAUUCAUGGGCAUGCUUCUAUACGACCUGUGUUUAUUGAAUUUUCACGCAUCGAUGACUGAUAAAUUUAUUGUCGGAGGCUUAUUGAUUUGUUUUCAGGGCUGCAUGAUUACCAGUGUGGUUUAUCACACAUUCAAUUGCAGAUCGGAAACACAUUUUCAUAGGCUGUUGAAAUACGAUUUGUAUGGUAUUAGUUUUAGCUUACUGGCCAUUUAUCUGUCUGGAAUUUAUUACGCGUUUUGGUGUAACGUGAGAUGGUGUAUAUUCUAUUCGAUAACUGUCGGAGGAUUCUUCGCCGCUGUUAUGGCCAUACAGAUAUUCUCAGAAAGAGAUUUCCUGAAAAUAGGAAUUUUCGUACUAUGGGCCGCUUACGGAAUCAUUCCUACAAUUCACUGGAUGUUCACGAUGGGUGGUUGGAAUAAUCCGAUUGUUCAAAAACUACUUCCUAGAGUAAUCAACAUGUACGCAAUCAGUGGCGUAGCAUUUCUGUUCUACAUAUCCUACAUUCCGGAGAGAUUUUUUCCAGGAAGAUUCGAUUUCAUCGGUUCGUCUCAUCAGGCUUGGCAUUGCCUGAUCGUAUACGCGUUAUGCUACUGGCAUAACACCGGUAUUCACUACAUCGAGUACAGAAUGAACCACAGUUGUUUUCCAAUGUAAUUAGUACACUCGUCGUCGUUGUUUUAUGGCAGUUAUUUCCACCAUCAAGUACCAUUUGUACGAGAGUAAAAACUCCAAAUUAUGGGUUAUUUGUGCUAACGGAAUGGGCUUUUAAAAAGAAGCGGCAAUAUGCCGCAUCGCUGUGUGUGUGUGUGAAUAUGUGAUGAAGAAGAAUAAUGGCAAAGAUAUCCUCUAAACUGUGUAUAAUGAUUGUAAAAAAGUGUCGUUGUUUUCACCUUAUACUUUGCGUUUAAUUUAUUAGAGUUUUUGCGCAAAGCGCUUAAAAAUUCUGCUGUAAUUGUUUUUUCAUCGUUUUAUCUAUUCGACACCUUUGAUUAUACGUACAUAAUAAUUAUGAUAAAUCAUCCAAAUAGCUUCGUUAGAAGAGACAUUUUGUAGUAGUACAUCCAAACACUAGAUGCCACCGCAGCAUGAAGUCAGUCCUUUGGCAUGGUUAAAAAUUGGUCAAGUAAAUGUUCUGCUUUUAGCUAUAUUUCACGAAGCAAAAUCAGUAACACACUAACACAUUGUACCUACUAUGUGCUAACAAAAUCUCUAGCCAAAUAAAAUCUGUAUUGAGUGUGAAAA